UAAUUUUAAACCCUAUUAAGAUUUAUGAAACAAUUAAUCCAAUUUUUGGGGGCCGAUCCUAGAUUUUCAUUUAUAUCGCAAAGGUUUUGGCAAAAUUGCAAUUUGAGUACCUGUGAAAUCCAUUUCCCUGAGGCUCUGAGGCCUGAACUGACCGACCUUGAAUAAGAAGAAGAAGAAAGGCAAGAAAUUUCAAUGGCGCUACGACUCAUCCCAUCCAAAUUCACGACUCUUUCCCUCACGAAAUCCUCCUCCGUUCAACUCCUCGAAUGUUGCUCCUACUCAAACGGCCUUGCUUCUGUCUUCUUCACUCGCCAACAGCGGCGGAUGUCUACUGCGGCGAGAGUGACUAUGAGUUUGAAAGCAGGAAUCGUCGGACUCCCUAAUGUCGGCAAGUCAACUCUUUUCAAUGCAGUUGUUGAAAAUGGCAAGGCACAGGCUGCCAAUUUUCCUUUUUGUACAAUUGAGCCAAAUGUUGGGAAAGUAGCUGUUCCUGACCCCCGUCUUCAUGUUCUUUCUGAUAUUAGCAAAUCACAGAGGGCAGUUCCUGCUUCUAUAGAGUUUGUUGAUAUCGCGGGGCUUGUUAAGGGAGCCAGCCAAGGGGAGGGUCUGGGAAACAAGUUCUUGUCACACAUUCGUGAAGUUGACUCAAUACUUCAGGUUGUCCGAUGUUUCGAUGAUAAUGAUAUUGUCCAUGUCAAUGGAAAAGUAGAUCCGAAGUCUGACGUUGACGUCAUCAAUUUGGAGUUGGUGUUCUCAGACUUGGAUCAGAUAGAGAAAAGACUUGACAAACUCAAAAAGGGUAGAAGUAAAGAUUCACAGGCUAAAGUCAAGGAGGAAGCCGAGAAAUCUGCUUUGGAAAGAAUUCAGGAAGCUCUAAUGGACGGAAAACCAGCGCGUUCAGUAUCAUUGACAGAUUUUGAAAAAGAGGCUAUAAAACAUCUAUGUUUGCUUACUAUGAAACCAGUUAUCUACGUGGCAAAUGUUGCGGAAUCAGAUCUAUCUGCACCAGAAAGUAAUUCUUAUGUUGCAGAAGUAAAGAGGCUAGCUGCUGAGUUGCAAUCUGGCCUAGUGACAGUUUCGGCACAGGUUGAAUCCGAGCUCUCAGAACUUCCACCUGAAGAGAGGAUCGAGUAUCUGGCAUCACUUGGUGUCAAAGAGAGUGGCUUAGGGAAUCUAAUUAGAGAAACAUACGACCUUUUGGGGUUGCGUACAUACUUCACAUCAGGUGAAAAGGAAACCAAAGCAUGGACCAUAUUAACAGGUCAGUUGGGUACUCCCUGGACGUAAAUUAAAAUUUUUGUUGUUAAUUGCAAUAAUAUAGAACCUAGGUAACUUCUAGUUAUGUUAGUCUUUUUUUUGUUGAUUGGCCAUUCAAUAUUUCCACUACAAAGCAUCACAUUAUCACAUUCCAAAUCAAAGGUUCAUCAUCAAAUAAAGAAUGACUGAGAUACUGGCAUAUACUUUUUCUGUGGGUAGUAAUUUAAUAUCCUGUCCUUAUCUUUCUAGGGAUGACUGCACCUCAAGCAGCUGGGGUUAUUCAUUCUGACUUUGAGAAGGGUUUCAUUCGAGCUGAGACGGUAAGUAUGAUGGGAACUAACAGUAUUUUUAUGGAGAAGUGUUUAGGUUUUCUCUGUAUUGCAUGCCAUAGUAAAUUUUCACAACGUAGCUGUUUCACUGUUUUUGGUCAUCAUCCGGCCCUUUUCUGAACCAUUUCACUCUCAAUGAGUAGGACAUGCUACAUAAACCAUUUAACAUCCUUAUCCAGCCCAAUGAUAGUAUUUAAAUUAUUCCAUUCCCAGGUUGGGUACGAUGAUUUCGUUGCUGCUGGAUCUUUUUCUGCUGCGAGGGAGAAAGGACUUGUGAGAAAGUUAUCUUUUUGGGUUAUUUUUUAUAUGUUCAAUUCACUUGCUUAUUAGUUUUUAACAACAUAUCUGCAACUUUGCAGUUGAGACUAGAAGGCAAAGACUACAUUGUACAAGAAGGUGAUGUUAUGCUGUUCAGGUUUAAUGUCUGAAUCCAUGCACUUGUCAUUGUGGAACUGCCGUUCUUAUGGUUUCACAAGUCCACCCUUCCAGGAUAGAUUCUUUAUUGCUGUUACCAGCAGACGGGUGUGGAUCCAAGUAGUUUUAUCAACUCAAUUUUGGUUUGACUAUAAAAAUUCAUUGUCACUUUUAUUGGGGAUAAAAUGAGAUCCCUUUUCCUCUCAGUGGAAUGCUGAUAUUAGAUAGAAACUCAGAAUUACAGAAAAAAUGUAAAGUGAAAUACAUAUUUUUUGCCCCUUCAUUUGGUGGCUAAGAGUUAAGAAAAGGUUCCGAUGGAAGCUAAAGUUUGCGGAUGGAAUUUUAUUAUAUCUUUUAUGAAAAGGUGCCCAUUUUAGUUGAA